AGGCGAUGAAAUAGAGAGAGAGAGAGAGAGAGAGAGAGAGAGCUUUUCCGUGAAGCGAACUCCUCCUGAUUCCAAACGUAGCGGGUGUAGCAGAUAUGUCUCCUGAAGCAGCAGGAUCGCGAGUGGGAAAAGUUGGAUUAUCUUGUUGCUGAUUGAGUUGCUGCUGAAUUGGGGAUUUUGGAAAUGUAGGAUUCAUUGCUCGCCGAUUUGGCAAUUUGGAGCUCUGAAGUGAUCCCAUUUCGUGAUCAAUUUGGUGCUCGCGUUGAUUGGGAAAAAUCCAUUGUAAUAUCUCUGGAUAGAUUGUGUUGCUGAAUCCAAUUUGGGAGUUUUAGGAGGUGUUUGCCCCCACCCCCUAAAAAAAAGGAAAAAAUUUAAGUUUUUGUGGCUUGUAAGAGAGAUGGGGAAGCCACUCAUCUAUGAGAUUUUGCAGAAACCAGCUAGUAGUAGCAUCAUAGGGUUAUGCACCGCAAUUUGGUUCUACAUUCAGAAGAAGAACAUCGGCUACGCCAAUGUCGGUUUGAGCUACGAGACGGCGAUAGCAGGCCACUACUGGAGAAUCAUUACCUCCGCUUUCUCGCAUAUCAGCGUGCUCCAUUUGCUCUUCAACAUGAGUGCCCUUUGGAGCCUCGGAGUCGUCGAACAAUUGGGCCACAUGGGCCUCGGCGUGGAAUUCUAUCUCCAUUACACUCUCGUCCUCGUAGUGCUGUCGGGGGUUCUGGUUCUCGGGGCGUACCACAUUUUGAUUCAGAAGUUCAAGUUAGAGUAUUUCAGGAGAGUGACCGCGGUCGGUUACUCUUGCGUCGUGUUCGGGUGGAUGACGAUUCUCGCCGUGAAGCAGCCGUCGUCAAAGCUGAACCUUUUUGGAGUUCUUUCUCUGCCGAUUAGCUUCGCGCCCUUCGAGUCGCUGGUGUUUACGUCCAUAAUUGUCCCGCAAGCAAGUUUCAUCGGCCACUUGUCGGGAAUUGUUGUCGGUUAUUCGAUAGCUUGGGGUUUGAUUCACGGGAUGAAUAACUACUGGGCCGUUACGAUGCUCGGAUGGAUCGUUCUGGUGUUUGUAUUGAGCCUAAAGCGUACCGGAGCAAUCGACUUGAGCUUUAUUGAGAUCGAGCCAGUGACGGAUCCUUCAUUUCCUACGGUGGGCUUUGUUUCGUCCGGAAAUGGUAGAACUUUGCAGAUGGAUAUAUUGCCCGAUAGAGGUGCGGGACUCGUAUAAGUUUCGUAAUCAGUUUACCAUGUCCUGAUAUUUGAAAUCACCUCAUUUGUGUGCUUGCUUGGGUAUAUAUAUAUGUUCAUGAGGCCAAUUGUAAUCUCUCAGAAUUUUAACACGGAUUUAAUUCGCCAAAAUAGGUGAUAAUCAUCUUCUCUUUUGUUUUUUUGGUUUAUGUUGUAUUAUUAUCUUCUGUUUA